AUGGCUACCGAUGAAAGUAUCGUUUUCAAAGCAGAAUCUCCUCAACCAAUUGACCACUAUUUGAAGUUAUUGACGGAGAAUUUCGAGAAGAUUGCUCCGAACGCCACCCAGGAGCAGAUGGAUCUCUUCAUCCAGCUCAAGAAUAGCGUUAUCAGCUCAAAUAUUCAUAGUACUCGCAAAACUCAGAGAGCAGCAGAGCAACAAGUUGCGCAAUUGAGCGAAUAUGUGGAUAUUGUUUCUCACCAACUGGAAGCUUUAAAAAAACUUCAAACUCAGGAGGGAAAACAGUCGGCAUCCCACUCCGGAAAGGCUGUGGACUAUCAGAAGGUUUUCAAAGAGAAACAAGCUGAGCUGCGUAGUCUUGAAGCCCAGAUCAGAGAAGUUAAUGAGAAAAGAAAGCAGCUCAACGAGAAGAAUAAUACCACAAUCUAUUGGCAUGAGGUAUCCCUGAAGCAGAGUGAGCAAGACCAUCAUGCUGCGAUAGCCGAGCUCCACAUGAAAAUUAAGAACCUCCAAUUUGAAUUGGAAAAAGCGUCGGAUUGA